AUGGGUCUCACCAGGAAAAAGACCACCUACAUCAACAUCACUCCGAUACCGAGCUUUAUACCCCGGCAGCUCGCGAUAGACAUCCUACACAGUCAUGGUGAGAUAAUUGAACUGAACCCGCUCGUUUUGAGCUUCGAAGCGAUCAAGGCGCCCCGGGAUGCGCCCGCCGACGAGUUCUAUGCGACAUGGUACGAAAUCACACAGCGCAUCCAGUACAUCCCAGGUAUCGGCAAGCUUGGCUCCGGUGUCAUCAAGUUCAAGGGAUGUUUUCACGACAUGCCAUGGGGGUUGCAGACACACACCUAUGCGCCUGCGAAUGUAGAUUUACGGAACAAAUGGCAAAUAUGUGGUUCUCAACCGGGGGAACCGCCCGAGACGCGGGAGUUGGGUAUCGGUGCACCGCCGGAGGGAUUAUAUCUACGCGAAGACAUCGAGAUAAAGUGCAACGUCGCGAUGAUCAGUUUUGUGAAAAAGGAGUUGAAGGCCGCCUCCAAGGUGUUGGUGGAAAGGAUGUUGAAGAAAGCCGAGCUUUUGGACUCUGGAGCCUUGUCCGCGAUGAUGGAGAACGGCAAAUUGAAGACUAUCAAUCCGGCAGAUCGCUCGAGCCUUGGUCGACACCCUGCGUCGCCGCAUUCCCCAAACAAGCGACCUUAUAAACUGCCCAACUCACCAAUGCGAUCACCUGCUCUUCCGGCUCAACAGAUGUACCAUCCGCAAAAGCAAGGACAGGGACAAGACGCAGUGAUGGAAUUACCGGGUGAUUUCUAUCAUCCGCAAGCAUCGCCAAGUCAUCUAGUACCGCAGGAUAGGCGCUAUUCGACUGCCUCGGAACUGUCUGGUAACGAGCCAAAUGCUUCAGAUAGUCGAUGGUCCUACCAGAGCGCUAGUACAAGACCCAGCUCUUACAAUUCGAACGGCGGCAUGCGCUCACCCGGGCUCGAGCAUAACAAAGAAUAUUCUACCGAGCUUCCGACCAUGAAGGAAACGCAUGAAGAACACGACGAGAGGAGGAGGUUCCAACAAGUUCCAUGGCCGGGUAAAGAGGAACACGAGUACAGAUAUAAUCCACAGGAUUUCGCGCGCAUGCAGCAGCAGCAGGCGCACGCUCCACAACAUUCCGUCUACGACCAUGCGCAACGGCCUAGCGGUGCCUAA